CGCCCCCUGCUCGCCGCGCCGGAGGUGAGCAGGAAGGAGACGGCCGCCCAGCAGCCCGUGGGCCGGCGGCAGGGUGAACAGAGCCGGCUGCGGGCGCUGAGGAACGCGGAGGCCUCCGGCGGGAGCCGGCCUGGGGUUCCAGCUUCUCCCGUUGGCUUUAAAAGGCCCCAGGUGGCCAAGAGCAAGCGUCAGAGCAUCGCCCGCCCAGCCGCCAGGGGGCUGCGCACGCGCAAGAUGAGGCGGUUCCUGAGGCCCGGACACGACCCUGCCAGGGAGCGGCUCAAGCGGGACCUCUUCCAGUUUAACAAGACAGUGGAGCAUGGCUUUCCGCACCAGCCCAGCGCCCUCGGCUACAGCCCCUCUCUGCGCAUCCUGGCCAUCGGGACCCGCUCUGGAGCCGUCAAGCUCUAUGGUGCCCCAGGGGUGGAGUUCAUGGGACUGCACCACGAGAACAACGCCGUGGUGCAGAUCCACUUCCUGCCUGGCCAGUGCCAGCUGGUCACCCUGCUGGACGACAACAGUCUGCACCUGUGGAGCCUAAAGGUCAAAGGCGGGGCGUCGGAGCUGCAGGAAGAUGAGAGUUUCACGCUGCGUGGACCCCCAGGGGCUGCCCCCAGCGCCACGCAGAUCACCGUGCUCCUGCCCCAUUCCUCCCGCGAGCUGCUCUACCUGGGCACCGAGAGCGGCAGCGUGUUCGUGGUGCAGCUGCCGGCCUUCCGCAGCCUGGAGGACCGGACCAUCAGCUCGGACACCGUGCUGCAGCGGUUGCCAGAGGAGGCCCGCCAGCGGCGGGUGUUUGAGAUGGUGGAGGCUCUGCAGGAGCACCCUCGGGACCCCAACCAGAUCCUCAUCGGCUACAGCCGCGGCCUCAUCGUCAUCUGGGACCUGCACGGCAGCCGCGUGCUCUGUCAUUUCCUCAGCAGCCAGCAACUGGAGAACGUUUGCUGGCAGCGGGACGGCCGUCUGAUUGUCAGCUGCCACUCCGACGGCAGCUACUGCCAGUGGCCCGUGUCCGGCGACAGCCAGCAACCAGAGCCCCUGCACAGCUGUGUGCCUUACGGUCCUUUUCCUUGCAAAGCUAUUACCAAAAUCUUCUGGCUGACCACCAGGCAAGGGUCGACCUUCGCCAUCUUCCAGGGCGGCAUGCCACGGGCCAGCUAUGGGGACCGCCACUGCAUCUCAGUGGUCCAUGAUGGCCAGCAGACGGCCUUCGACUUCACCUCCCGCAUCAUUGACUUUACGGUCCUCGUGGAGGCAGACGCUGCGGCCUUUGAUGACCCCUACGCCCUGGUGGUGCUGGCCGAGGAGGAGCUGGUGGUGAUCGACCUGCAGACGCCGGGUUGGCCGCCGGUCCAGCCUCCCUACCUGGCCUCCCUGCACUGCUCGGCCAUCACCUGCUCCCACCACGUCUCCAACAUCCCCCUGAAGCUGUGGGAGCGGAUCAUUGCCGCCGGCAGCCGGCAGAACACACAUUUCUCCACCAUGGUAUGCCCGGCCCCCCGCCCAGCCCUGCGCGCCCCCCGCCCCCCAGGGCCAGGCUCCCUCCUGACCGUCUCCGUUGUCUUCCCCCAGGAGUGGCCCAUUGACGGUGGCACCAGCCUGGCCCCGGCCCCGCCCCAAAGGGACCUGCUGCUCACGGGGCACGAGGAUGGCACCGUGCGGUUCUGGGACGCCUCGGGCGUCUGCCUGCGGCUGCUGUACAAACUCAGCACCGUCCGGGUGUUCCUCACCGACACAGACCCCAGCGGGAGCCUCAAUGCCCAGGGCGAGGACGAGUGGCCCCCACUCCGCAAGGUGGGCUCUUUCGACCCCUACAGUGACGAUCCUCGGCUGGGCAUCCAGAAGAUUUUCCUCUGCAAAUACAGCGGCUACCUGGCUGUGGCCGGCACAGCAGGGCAGGUGCUGGUGCUGGAGUUGAACGACGAGGAGGCAGAGCACGCGGUGGAGCAGGUGGAGGCCGACCUGCUGCAGGACCAGGAGGGCUACCGCUGGAAGGGACACGAGCGCCUGUGCGCCCGCCCGGGGCCCGUGCACUUCGAACCCGGCUUCCAGCCCUUCGUGUUGGUGCAGUGCCAGCCCCCGGCCGUGGUCACCUCCUUGGCCCUGCACUCCGAGUGGCGGCUCGUGGCCUUUGGCACCAGCCACGGCUUCGGCCUCUUUGACCACCAGCAGCGGCGGCAGGUCUUUGUCAAGUGCACGCUGCAUCCCAGCGACCAGCUCGCCCUGGAGGGCCCGCUGUCCCGUGUGAAGUCGCUAAAGAAGUCCCUGCGCCAGUCCUUCCGCCGGAUACGGCGCAGCCGGGUGUCCAGCAGGAAGCGGCGGCCCGCCGGCCCUCCCGGAGAGGCCUGGCCCGACCCACGGCAGGGGCAGGAGGGGAGCACCCGGGCAGAGCGGACCGGCCUGCAGAACAUGGAGCUGGCGCCGGUGCAGCGCAAGAUCGAGGCCCGCUCGGCGGAGGACUCGUUCACGGGCUUCGUCCGGACCCUCUACUUCGCGGACACCUACCUGAGGGACAGCUCCCGCCACUGCCCCUCGCUCUGGGCGGGCACCAAUGGUGGUACUGUCUACGCCUUUGCCCUGCGGGUGCCCCCUGCCGAGCGGAGAAUGGAUGAGCUGGUGCGGGCAGAGCAGGCCAAGGAGAUCCAGCUGAUGCACCGAGCGCCCGUGGUGGGCAUCCUGGUGCUGGAUGGACACAGUGUGCCCCUUCCCGAGCCCCUGGAAGUGGCUCACGACCUGUCAAAGAGCCCGGACAUGCAAGGAAGCCACCAGCUGCUCGUGGUGUCGGAGGAGCAGUUUAAGGUGUUCACGCUGCCCAAGGUCAGCGCCAGGCUGAAGCUGAAGCUGACCGCCCUGGAGGGCUCGCGGGUGCGGCGGGUCAGCGCGGCCCGCUUCGGCAGCUGUCGAGCCGAGGACUACGGGGAGCACCACCUGGCCGUCCUCACCAACCUGGGCGACGUCCAGGUGGUCUCGCUGCCCCUGCUCAAGCCCCAGGUGCGUUACAGCUGCAUCCGCCGGGAGGACGUCAGCGGCAUCGCCUCGUGCGUCUUCACCAAAUACGGCCAAGGUUUCUACCUGAUCUCACCCUCCGAGUUUGAGCGCUUCUCUCUCUCCACCAAGUGGCUGGUUGAGCCCCGGUGUCUGGUGGAUUCAGCAGAACCGAAGAACCACGGCCGGCCCCGCAAUGGAUCGGGCCCUGAGACGGCCUUGAGCCGAGCCAGGAACUCAGGGAGCCAGAGUGACGGAGAGGAGAGGAGGUCCGGCCCAGUCAUGGAACACGCGCUGCUCAAUGAUGAGAGGGUCCUGAAGGAGAUCCAGAGCACCUUGGAGGGAGCCCGGGGGAGCUCUGGCGAUUGGCAUUCGCAGCGAGUGGCCGUGGCGUACAGCCUCAGCAAUGGGGGAGGUAGGGGCUCUGGGCACUGCUGCCCGGUAAGGGGGGCUCCUGGGGAAGGAUAGGAGGAAGAGCCCCUGCCCCCACUCCCCAAGAGCCUUAGGUCCACGCCAGCCCUGACCCAUCACGUGACGCCGACGGCCUGAAAACCUCCGUGUCUGGGCUCAGGCGGGUGACUCGGGCCCUGAGCUGCUCUGUCUCCUUCUGCAGCGGAGUGAGCCGGACGCGCAUCCAGGCUGCACAAUGAACACACACUACUGAGGGCUCUUCUCGGGCACUGGGCCGUGCGGGGGCUGGGGGCUCCCCCAGUUUCCACCCCCUGCUGCUGCUCCUGGCCUCGGGAGAAGAGGGACCCUGGGCCCCGGGGGCUGUCCCUCCCGGGGCCUCGACCGUCUCAGUCCUUUCUCAAUGUUGCACAGUUUUUAACCCCCUCCGCCCCCUUUUUUUGUAGUAGGCUGGGUUUUAAAUUAUAAAUGUUAACUGCCUCCGGGCGAAAAAGAGUUUUUAAUAAACACCUUAUUACCUCUUCACUGGACUGGCCCAAGGACUUUAAUUUUUAAAUUGUGCAGAGAUUUUUCCACGGAAAUAGAAAUGACCCUUAGCUGGUCCCUCGCCUUUGGCCCUGGGGUCCGUCCCCUGGCCCAGGCUGGUGCUCAGGAGAAUCUGUUUGGUUUUUUUAAGCUAUUUGAAUCAGAUCAAACUGUGUUUGGUUGUGUCUGAACACUAUAUGCCUUUUCUCUCUUUGGGAAUAAAUGAUAAAACAGUGAA